AUGCCACCCUCAACGAUGAGCCAAGGGCCGCAGUCCAGAUUGGGCGACGGCUUCAACGUCAAACGCGGUCAUGCGACCCAGCUCUCGAUAUCCGAUCCCAGCCAUCAUGUCACCGAAGCGAUUGGAACCCUAUACGGCGAUGAGGAUGACUCUCCCCACUCUCCCCAGGAGAGUGGCCGGCCGCUUAGUUACGUUAACGACGGGUAUCAAGAACAGAUAGGGCCGCACAACUCUCGCUUCGGCUCCCACGCCAGCAACGACAGACAGCCGCUCAAACGCUCCGUUACCGAUUACCCAAAUGCCUCACAAACUUCGCAUCACGACCAAGGGCUGAAGAAGUCGCAAACACUGCAUCUGCCCAACUCUAUGCACCGAUCGAGCUCUCUUGAAAAGGGCCACCGUGGGCAGCCUCCGUCUGUGCCCUCCUCGCCGGUAUCCCUCAGAGAUGUCCAAGCAGACGCUUCCGGCUCGCAAUUUCCCCUCACGAAUAUUGACAACCCAAAUGAUAUCGCCCAAGAACUCAGCAAUCUGCAGGCCCUGCGUCGUCUAUCCAUGGAUGUUGGCAACCGAGUUGAUCCGGAUAUGCCCAUGACGCUGUCCUCAAUACCUUCGAUAGCACCAACCGGAAAUGACGACGAGGAUGACCCAUCAAGACUACUCUGGGUGCCGGCCAGAGUUCACCCAGAGCUAGCCCCGUCAGAAUUCAAAUCGUUCCUAGAGAAUCGAGUCAACUCAAUCAGACGGCGCUCUGGCGACAGCCAUCUGUCCAUAGAUGGAGACGGGGAAAGCAGCGAAUCGAGCUCUUUGCGACGCAGAAAGUCUAUGCUUUCUCAUCAAAUAGAUUCUAAUGGCUCUGGAGUGGAAAGCUAUAUGGACGGCGCUGAGCGGUUGGAACGACAAAGAUCACGGCAGCGUGCCCAAUCCCGCGAACUCAGUUUAGAGGAACUAGUGAAUGACCCUGCCGGGGCUGUACAGAGGCUUUCGCAAGAAACACAGGCUCAAUAUGGCGACGCGCAAGACAAUCGAGACGAUAUGCCAAUUUUGCCUAUGGCCCCUGGCAUGGGCCUUCGUCGGUCAACGCGGACAACAUAUCGCAAAGGAGGUAGCCUUCGCACCAGCAAUCGAGGAACUGCGUCUCGGCGCAUCACAAGCCGCCAGCAGGAGAGCGAGAGUUUGCCGAUGGCUAGCCCUCCUCUCCCAGAUGCGCCGAGGGACCACGGCCUAGUGCGAGUUCAGUCAGAGCCGAUUCAUGAAAAUUUCUCAAGACCAAACCGUGCUGUUCGCCGCCAGCACAAGUUCUCACAAGAGUCACCUGCUGCGCUCGCAGCGCUUGAAGGCACAGCACCCGGUUCUAGGACGUCCAACGAUUCGAAGGAUAUUUACGGAGAAGAAACCAUAUCCGUUCGCAAUCCGUCUUCGCCUCCAGCCAUCUCCGUUACCGAACAACCAACUUCACCAACUUCACCAACUUACGAAACAAAUAAAUCCGACUCUUUUCCUCAGAGAUCCUCAUCACAAAGAAACGCUCCCAGCGAUGACGCUCAAUCUGACGCUGUCCAGGAAGACGCUUUUCCGCGCAAUAGUCGCGAUGCGGGAGCCAACGAUGGAAGCAAAACGUAUGGAGCCCAGCAUCAGCAACAGCAGGGCCCACACGCGCAGUCUCAGCAGCAGCAAUCACAGCAUGUGCAGUAUCAACAGCACUCACCUCAGUAUACACCAAAGUCACCGCCGCCUCACUCCCAAACCUUGAGUGAAGGUCUAGCCUCAAACCCAAGCUUGCCGGGAGGCGGCAACACCAGGACCGAUGCUUUGACCUUUAUUCCUACACUUGGCCCAGAUGAGCGCAAGAACGAAAAGAAGUCCAAGAAAGACAAAGAUGACGACGCUUCUAGCUUCAAGUCAAGUGGCGCUUGGAAGUGGCUCAAAGGUGUGACUGAUGAUAAGAAGAAGGACGAGAGCAAAAAGUCAAAGGCCAAGGCACUUGCAGAAAAGGUCCAAGACAACGUUCGAUUGGAUGUGCUCCAAACCUCAAUUGACAAGACUGCUUCCAAAGGACGUGAGAGUCUUGUCCUUGAUCGUGACUCCUUUGAUGGCAAGUUGCAAGAAGAAAGGAGAAAGGAGAGCAUGAGAAAAAGUGACUCGAAGAGAGAAAAGGAUGGGAACAUUUUUACAUCGAUCUUCGGCGGAGGCAAGAAGAAAGAGGAGAAGGAGAAGGAGAAGAGCACCAAGAAGAAUUCUCUGCUACAUGUGCCAGAUGAGCCCAUCUAUAAGCCUUUACAGCCAGAUGUCGACUACAACUGGACAAGAUUUCCUCUGCUGGAGGAGCGUGCAAUCUACCGGAUGGCGCAUAUUAAGCUUGCUAAUCCGCGCAGACCGCUACUUAGCCAAGUUCUCCUCAGUAACUUCAUGUACAGCUACUUGGCCAUUGUGCAGGCUAUGCAUCCACAGAUGAACAUUCCCGUCUCUCCACAGCAAAAGCGUUUGGAGGAGGAAGCCAGACGCAAGCAACAAGAACAAGAAUAUCUCGCGCAGCAGGGCAUGGGCGAGGGCGACCAGCAAGAUAUGGAUCAAUAUAAUUUCGAAUAUCAUCGGUCUACUAUUCAGUACGCCGAGUCCGGUGGCGAAGGCUCGGUUGAUUACGUCGACGAUGCUCAAAUAUAUGAAGAUGACCAUGGAGAUAGCCAAGACAACGACUAUGACUACGGAGAGUCCAAGUCAUACGACAAAGGGGAUAAGGAUUAUUAUGAGUACCGCGAAAACUGA